AGAGAGGCAGGGGGUGGGGACCCCAGCCCCAGAUGGUGACGUUGGGGGCUGGCCCAGGCCUGGGGUGUGGAGGAACCUGACUACCGGGCUUCCUGUCUCUUCAUUUAACCACGUCUCUGCAGAAGUAACAAGUGCUCUCCCCAGUGGGCUCCUGGUUGCAGAGCUCCCAGCCCUCACAUAGGCACACCUGUGUGAGAAGCAGAGGAGAAGAAAGACACAGGCCCAGAGGUUCAUUCUGAGCCUUCCUGCCACGCCCUCCCCCGCAGCCUUCCCAGCUCACGGAAACCGCUCCUGCUCCUUCAUCUGAACUCCCAAACAGCAUCUUUCUGCCUGUCUCACUCGGAGGCCUUCUGGGGUUGGUCCGACGACGGCCCUGCCCUUCCUGUGGGGGAGGCUCAGGUUCCCCCCUGCUUCAGCAAGGCCACGAUGGACAGGGGAACCUCUUUUGGGCACCUGCUCCUGCUGCUACAACUAGCGCUGCUUCCAGCAGUCACUCAGGGAAGAGAAGUGGUGCUGGGGAAGGCAGGAGAGACAGUGGAGCUGCCCUGCCAAGGUUCCCAGAAGAAGAAUGUGUUCUUCAACUGGAAGUAUCCUUCCGAGGUCAAGAUUCUGGGAGGUCAGCGCACCUGGUGGGUUAAAGGUAACACCAAGCUGAAAGAUCGCAUUGAAUCAAAAACGACCCUGUGGGACCAAGGGUCCUUUCCUCUGAUCAUCAAGUAUCUUGAAAUAACAGACUCAGGGACUUACAUCUGUGAAGUGGAGGACAAGAAGACAGAGGUGGAAUUGUUGGUGUUCAGAUUGACUGCCAACUCCCACACCCACAGCAGCAUCCGCCUGCUGCUGGGGCAGAACUUGACCCUGACCUUGGAGAGCCCCUCUGGUAGUAACCCUUCUGUGCAAUGGAAGGGUCCCAGGCAUCAAAACACGACUCAGGGGAGCCACUUCCGGCUCAGGCUGGGGUUGCAGGACAGUGGCACCUGGACGUGCACCGUCUCCAAGGACCAGAAGACACUGGUGUUCAACAUAAACAUCUUGGUGCUGGCUUUCCAGAAAGUCUCUCACACAGUCUAUGCGAAAGAGGGGACACAGGCGGAGUUCUCCUUCCCGCUUACCUUCGCAGACGAAAACCUGAGCGGGGAGCUGCAGUGGCAGGCAGAGGGGGCUUCCUCCCAGCAGAAAUGGAUCUCCUUCUCCUCGGACAACAGGAAGGUGUCUGUGACAGGUGUUUCCCCACACCUCAAGCUCCAGGUGGAGGAGAUGCUCCCGCUCCGCUUCAAGCUGCUCCAGGCUCUGCCUAAGCAUGCCGGUUCUGGAAAGCUGAGACUAUUUCUUGCCAAGGGCGAGUUGCAACAGGAAGUGAAGCUCGUGGUGAUGAGAUUGACUAGGUCCCAGAAUGAUGUGACCUGCCAGGUGCUGGGACCCUCCUCCCCCAAGCUGAUGCUGAGCCUGAAGCUGGAGAACCAGACUGACCAGACUGCAAAGGUUUCAAAUUCGCAGAAGCUGGUAAAGGUGCCGGACCCUGAGACGGGGACAUGGCAGUGUCUACUGAGUGACAAUGGCAAAGUCCUGCUGGAAUCCAAGAUUGAGGUUUUGGCCACAUCGUUCCCCCAAGCCUCGCCAAAGCUCCUGGCCGCCAUGCUGGGGGGUGUCGCAGGCCUCCUGCUUUUCACUGGGUUCUUCAUCUUCUGCUGUGUUAAGUGCUGGCACCGCAGGCGCCAGGCAGAGCGGAUGUCUCAGAUCAAGAGACUCCUCAGUGAGAAGAAGACCUGCCAGUGCCACCACCGGUUCCAGAAGACAGGUAACCUCAUUUGAGGCACUGGCCAGGGGGCGCUCCCCACUUGCAGCCUCUCCAGCUGUCUUCCUUGCGUUUCCUGGACCUGUGAACCAGAUGAAUGUAGCAGAUCCCAGUGCCUCUGGCCAUCUCCUGUUCUCCUUGUUCACAGUUGGCCAUCCGUGUUCCUUUUCCAGAGGCUUACUCACACCAUCUCUUCCCAUUUCCUCUUCACUCAAGCCCUAGCCCUUCUUUGAUUAUUUCCUCUCAGCUCUCUCCCUCACUGCCCGCUUGGAUCCCAGGGGAGCAUGUGGGACCAGCCCUGCCUGGCCUGGAGGGUGAGGCUGGGCCUCUGAAGCAUGUAGCACAUGUCAACAUGACAUGUAGGACUGUCAUUUUAAGGGAGAGGACCCUGGAAUCAGAGAGGGCAGGGACCAGCCCAAGAUCACAAUAGCCAGUCGAGGAAUAGCCAGUCGAGGACAGACCCAGAUCCAAAGGCUCCUGACUGCCAGCCUCCACUGCUCCGUUUGGCCUGCUUCUCACCCUGUGUGGGCUGGGCUACAGACUCACACCCCACCCUGUGCACAAACAGGCACCCCUGGACACGCACCCAUGUACACAGCCCAAACUUGUGCACAGACGCAGUUCCUUAUCACCCAAGCAGAGUCUCUCAGUUUAUAAACCAGUUUCACAUCCUUUGUCUAUUUGAACCUUAUGCAAAUCCAACAAGGCUGGUAAUGACAAGCCCAAGAUUAGUAUCUCCAGUUUGUAGACCAGAAAUGGAACUGGGAAGGUCAGAUGUGCCCAAGGUCCCACAGCUAGUAAGCGCCAGAGUCAGGACUAGCCCAUGUCUCUUGCCCCCUAAUUCCACUGCUAUUUCUUGAGCACAGGGACAAACACCACAGAGACCUCUGCUGGCUAGUCAUAGAUGCCCAGGGUGUACCUUUGGAUUCACAGGAGCACACCACCACAGGCAGGGCCUGCCUCAGAGAGUUCAGGAACACGGGGGAGGGCCUCCCUGCCUAAGAUCCCUCCUUCAUCACCUCCUGGGGGCAGAAUCUUAUCAGAGGACACAGCCUUCAGUUCUCCUAAUCAGAGCACAGGCUGGGAGCAAGGCCCUGUGGGAGAGAGUGCCCAGUGACCUGCCACAGAACCUUCUGGAAGGUGAGCUUCCGGAAGGUGGGAGAGAGGGUAGGGAGCUGGCUUGAAAGUGAAACUCUGAGGGACCCUCCUCUGAAAGGUGAUAGUGCUGGGCCUCAGUGCCCUUGCCCUGCACCCUGCUCCAUCUCUCCCCAACACCAUUCAGGACACAGGAACUUGGGGUGACAAGUAUUCUUCCUCCUUCUCUUGGUCCAUUUCUCUCAGGAUCCCAACCUCCUCUGCCUCUCCUUCCUUUCCUUUCUCACCACCUCCCGCUGUCCUGACCCCUUUCCGGCUUCCUUUCUUUCCAGAUUGCCUCUUCCAGGAAGAACAGCCCAUUGCUGCCAGGGCCCCCCACUGCUUGCUUUGUAUUCCUGCCCCUGCCCCACCCCUGCCUCCUGAGCUGACAGAAAAAUACAACAAACUUACUAUAAA